AUGGCGCCAGUGGCGCCGCGAGCAGCGCCGCAUAACCCGCCGCAGUCGGCGCCGCAGCGCGCGCUGCAGCUGGAUCAGCAAUCGACGAUGGAUCUAACCCUAACGGUCCUGCAGCGCAUGGAUCCCGCCGUCGCCGAGAUCCUGCUGACGGUCGGCCACGUCACUGUGUACGAGUUUGACGUGGCAGCCUCCUCUUGGGUGCGUGCGUGGCAUGGACUACAACCUGAUAGAGGACCUGCUGGGGGACCUAGAGUACGAGGUGCAGCCGCCCUACAUCCUGUACCGCAACAGAGGGCAGGAGACAACCUGAUUGAGGACCUGUUAGGGGACCUAGAGUACGAGGUGCAGCCGCCCUACAUCCUGUACCGCAACAGAGGGCAGGAGGAAAACGGCACUCACCCACUCCAAUGCCCCUGCAAUCCUCCCCACCCCUCACCUUUCCCCCCCUCAGACAACCUGAUAGAGGACCUUCUAGGCGACCUAGAGUACGAGGUGCAGCCGCCCUACAUCUUGUACCGCAACAGAGGCCAGGAGGUGAACGGAAUUUGGUUCUACUCGCUCAAGGAGUGCCACGAUGCUGCUAAUCUCUUCUCCAGGAUUCUCAACACCUUUUCACGCCACGCACAUCCAACCAAGCCGCUCAUACCAUCUAAUAGAGCUGUAGGCGGUGCCCUCAGCAGCCAUGGUGGACGGCCCUUUGGAGGAGCCCUCCCCACCAGAGGCAGGCCAGCCCAGCAGCCACGUUCCACAGCAUCCCACCCACCACGGCCCCAAACUCACUUCUCUUUCUUUCUCCUUUCCCCGAUCCCAAUCAGCCCCGAGUAUUCAGAGCUGGAAGCCCCCCGAGUAUUCAGAGCUGGAAGCUUCCCAUCCGCCCCAUCACUCCCAUCAGCAUCAGCAGCAGCAGUAGCAGCAGCAGCAACAGCAGCAGCAGGACCAGCAGCACUGCCAGCACCACCACUGGCAGCAUUGCCACCACCGUUCCCCCUCAUCUCCCCUGCCGCCCUCUCUUCUUCCUCUGUCCCCAUCUUCCCUUCAGCAGCUGCCUCCCCUCGCUCUGCCUUCUCCCCUCCUGCUCCCUCCUCUGCCCCCUUCCCUCCCCUCUCCACCUCUCUUCUCUUCCCUCCUCACCCCAACUCCGCUCCCAUGCCUCCUCUCCCUUCCUCUGCAACUGCAUGCCACUUACUUGAAAGCGAAAGUGCAGAGACUAAGGGUCCCAUAAAAAGCCACGGGGAAGGAAGAGCAGCAGCAGCAGCAGCAGCAAGAGACGAGGCGGGCAAUGGGAUAUCAGCAACGGAAACAGGCAGAAGAGGGGAGGGAGUGGCUACGAAGGAGAGAGGGAGUGAGGGAGAGGAGGGAGGAGAGGGGGAGAGUGAGAGGAUGUCAGGGAGUGAGAGUGAGCGCAUGUCACGCGCACUAGCAGCCCUCCUCCAACCCUCCCACGGAGCUCCUAUGCUGCAGCCCUUUCCCCCACCCGCCCCUCCCCCUUCCCUCGCCUCCCCUGCUCCCCCUCCUGUUCUCUCUCCAUCUAUUCCCGCUCCUCCUCACUCCAUUCCUGCCUCAUCCCGUACCAUUCCUGCUCCCAUCAGUCCAGCCGUUGGGGGAACUGGAUUGGGCUCGCAAGGGGGGAGAGGAGGGGAGGGGGUGGCGGUGGUGGUGACAAGGGAAGGGCUGAAGGCUGCGCUACUGCGACUGGUGCAGGUGGGAAGUGGUGCUGGCGGGAAGUGGUGCAGGUGGGAACUGGUGCAGGUGUCUUGGUAG